AACAUUAAGGUUAUACGUAAGGUUAUACUUACUGAAGAGAACCUCAAAGAAGAAACCCAUACUUUAAAUUAUACAAAAAUGCACCGUCAGACUAUAAAUCUGCUAGUUUGGUUAGCUGUUCUCGUUGUGCUUUCAACAUCUGUUUUAGCAAAAGUUUCAAAGAAACGACUUAAAAACACAGGGAGUGCAAAAUCAGACGUACUAAAACGCCAGGGUUUUGUACUUAACAUAACCGGAGAUGGUAGGCCUACCCGUCAGAGAGGGAAAGCCAUAACGUCCUAUUCCAUUGCACCACCUCAGGAAAAAUCGAAAUCUCAGAAAAAGAAGAACCGGCGACCGGGGCCACAGAAUGAUUUGACAGCAAAGCAACAAAAGCAGAUUGUAGCCUGGCAUAAUAGUUACCGAAAAAGAGUCCCCGGACCAGCUGCCGACAUGGAAGAAAUGAAAUGGGAUGAUAAGUUGGCGGAUAUGGCAAAACAAUAUGCGAAGCAGUGUGUAUGGGAGCACGGCAACCCUGAUAUGGAGACAAGAUACCAUUACAUUGGCCAAAACCUUGCAUGGAGUAGUAGCAACUCACGACAAAGCUCCGCAGCGUUCAUGCUCUCUUUGUGGAACAACGAACGAAAAUACUACAAUAUCUUGACAAACCAAUGUCAAGAGGGAAGGAUGUGUGGACACUACACUCAGAUGGUGUGGGCAAGUACUAAAAAUGUAGGAUGUGCCAUGAACUUCUGCCAAAGUAUGUUCGAUCCGGCCUCUGGAACGACGUUCAAAAAUGCUAACUACUUAGUCUGCAACUAUGGUGAAGCAGGAAAUGUGGUGGGAAGAAAGCCAUACAGUAUUGGUGAACCAUGUAGCAAAUGUGAGUCGGGCAAAGGUACAUGUCGCAACGGACUCUGCAGUGAUUGUAAAAUCAACGGAAAAGACUGUGUGUGCGCUCUAAAGUGUGAAAACGAUGGCAUUUUAAACGACAAGGAAUGUGCGUGUGAUUGUGCACCCGGAUUUACGGGAUCAUCUUGUCAGAAUGCUUGUAACAACACACAUCCUUGGUGUGGUAACGGUUGGCCCAAAGAAUGGUGCUUCAAGUACGAUGAUGCUAACCCAGUAGAAACACUAUGCCCCGCACUAUGUGGAUUAUGCGAAUGUGGUGGCCCACCAUGCCAAAACGGAGGUUUUAAAAACCCAGAAACAUGCAAGUGCGAAUGUACGGGCUCGUGGUCUGGCCCGUCUUGUUCAGAAUGCAAUGUAAAGUGCGAAAACGGUCAACUUGACCCCACGACUUGCUCGUGUGACUGUGAUGAUGGCUGGGCUGGAGACACCUGCUCAGGUCAGUGUGAAAACAUACAUCAAUGGUGUUGGAACGGAUGGUAUCCAAAUUGGUGCGACGAGGACCAUCCGUACGUGCCUGAAAACUGUCCUGCAAUGUGUGGCCUGUGCAAUGUGCCAGACAAGAACUACGAUACGCCAGAUUCACCAUGUGAAGAUAAAUUCUACCAUUGCAAAUGGUCUAAAUCAACGUGCGAUUCUAACAGAGACUUUGCUGUCAACUACUGUCCUCUGUCGUGUGGAUUUUGCUCACUAUAAUCGUUAAAAUUAAUUCGCUCGCUGAAAUAGUUUACAACUCGCUUGACACCAAAGGCAAAGCAUCUUACGAAGAGCUUGAUGUUGUAGUAAUGUGUAUGUGUUAUACUGUAUACUGUGGAUUUCGUUGUAGAUUUUAGACUUGAAACAACCAGUCCAUAACAAGUGUUCUCAGCCAAAUAGCAAUCAGUUCCAUGUGCACUACAGUCUUGAAUAUAAUUGUUUCUGUAAUUUGAGGAAGAGAAGUAUUUCUCGUUUAUUCUACCUUACCUUGAUUUAUAGUCAUUAGAAAACAUACCGUAUACUAAGUCGAAUAUCACCGUCGGAAACUGUAGAAAGUUGUAAGAAAGUAGGGAAAUAAGAGACUAAUCCUGCUAUUAUUCCACUAAAUUGUUGCUAGAGCAAAAAACCUACAAAGAUGUGUUAAUAUUUAUAUGUUGUAGGCAUGAAGAUAAUUUUCGAUAUGCUCAUGUAAUAUAAUUGGGAUGAUCUUGAACGCUUGACUUGUCUUGGGUAUUCACUAUUCUUACCUGCUUUAAAACGGUCUUUUUACAUAAUUCAUUAGAUCUACGCAUACCCAGACCUUUAGAUACUCAAGUUGUACCCUGUUAAAACGGCUAACAAAGAAACACCUAAUAUUAAAAUUAGUUUGAGAACGUAUUUUUAAAAAAAUAUUCAUUGAGAUUCAAACCCAUGAGCCUUCGCUUACCAAUUGCCCUUUCCGCUAAGCCCCGCCCCUUGGAUAUUGUUGCUAAGGUCCCACAAGACGACAGUGUUAAAACAUACGAGAACACGUGUGUUUGUGAGAGGCGCGCGUAUUCCUAGCGCUUUUUUAAUUGGUCAGUUGUUAAGUUUGAUUGACACUCCGGAAAGGUCUACUGGUAAAUUUGUUUGCAUGGAGAAAGCGUUAACGUUAUGGAAGUAUGAAGAUAUAGUUUUCCCAUCUUUUGAUUUGAAGUGGCCAGUCACGUGCGUAGGCGCAUCCGCUUUUCACUAGGAUGCACUGAAUCAUGUGAGAUGACGUUUAAAGGUUUUUAGCGAAAUAGUGUCCGAACGUCUUGUCAACAUCAUGUCACAUGCCUGUAACUGUUAACGCAAUGUUGGUUGCCUUUCAGUAGCUAAUUAGAAGGUGUAUAUAAAUACUAUUUAUUAAAAUGUGCAGGGUUUUUAGAAAAAGGAAUAAGCCUAUUAUUAUGGAGACGUAUAAUGUUGUAAAUUAUGGACCAUAGUCCUAAUGAAGUUAGCAUACAUUUAUUUGGAAGGUACGCCCCGUAAUUCAUCGCACUGAGAUUAUAUGCUAUGCUUAUUAAUAUAACGUAUACAUAAGAAUCAUCUGCAGACACUUAAAGUAAAAUGUUACUCAUGCUUUUUACGGAAAAUUCAUGCAAAUUUAAUAUUUACUGUCCGAAAAGUUGUGAAUUUGGAUUAACAUGUAUGUUUGCCUUGAUACCGUAUGAUAGUCAUGAAUUUCGGAUGCAAUGAAUAGAGCAAUUUCCACCACUUCAAAAUCUGCGUGCCAGUAUAUUAAACCUAAAUGUUUACUUAAAAACGUUUUCAAAUUCAUAUUUUCCCGGUGUAUAUACUUAUAAUAGAGAGCUUUUGUUAUCUCGUUCAAAAACCAAUCCACCGAGAAAAGUGCACAUUUUUGUGUAUGACUUCACCAGUUUAGGCCUAGUUUUUGUUUUCUCGCACUCGAAUGAUGAAUCGCGAGAACCAGAAACUAGAUGUAUUUGAAACAUUUCAAUGGAAUUUGCUGAUGCCACGAGAGUUCGGUUCUCGGGAAAUGCGAAAUAGCGAAAGCUAACUAUUUUUUGAACAAGAACGAUAACGGUAGGCCUAACUGGAAUUUUUUUCGGCGGAUUGUUUCCGAACGAGAUAACGAAAGCUCUUUAAUAACAAUAUUUCAGCCUUAUAAUAACCCACAAUGCCAAGGCUUUCAUGCGCUUAUUACAUCUCAAUGAACGUCCAUUUCGAGUUCUUGUUAAUUUUUAUGGAUACGACGGCUGUUUGGAUAGAUGUAAUUUUUGUAUAUAUUAUACGUAUGGUUUACAUAUUAUUGAAAUAUAUAUUUAUUUAUUUUAUGAUUUAAAGUAAUGUUUUGAAGAUUAACUUCGUCAAUAAACAUUUGAAACUGA